AUGGCCGCCCGUUUCACCCCUCGCAUCUUCCAGCAGGCCACCCGUGGCUACGCCUCGCAGGCUGCCGUCCGCGCUCCCCGCCAGCUCGACGGCCUCGCCGGCAAGUAUGCUUCUUCCGCAUACGUCGCCGCUCUCUCCAAGGACACCAAGACGCUCGAGAAGGUCGAGGCCGACCUCAAGGCCGUUCAGGCCGCCCUCGCCGGCUCUGAGGGUGCCAAGCUCCAGACUUUCAUCUCCAACCCCACCCUCAGCGGUUCCGACCGAACCAAGGGCCUCGAGCAGCUCCUCGGCUCGGGCAAGAGCAAGGCUGACCCCAUCACCCACAACCUCUUCACCGUCCUUGCCGAGAACGGCCGUCUCGCUGAGACCGAAAAGGUCAUCGAGGGCUUCCACGACCUCAUGACCGCCUACCGCGGCGAAGUGCAGGUCACCGUCACCUCGGCGACUGCUCUGGACAAGUCGACCAUCUCGCGCAUCGAGUCGGCGCUCAAGGGCUCGCAGAUCGCUUCCAAGGGCAACGGCAAGUCGCUCAAGAUUGUCCAGAAGGUCAACCCCGCCAUCCAGGGCGGCCUCGUGGUCGACUUUGGCGGCAACACCGUCGACCUCUCGGUCGCAUCCAAGGUCAACAAGCUCAACGCUCUGCUCGAACAGGGCGUGUAA